GAAUUUUCUAAGUCGUACUUCGACAGUUCUGCAUUUCUUCUGUCACCGAUACCGGUACCUUGGUUUUUACUCUACCAACUGAUUAGCUCUAGACUAGUUGGUUUUUCAUUUUCAGACUUUCCUAUUCUUUUUUCGUUCGAUAAUUUUCUUGCAACUCAGAAUGGCAAAUGAAGAAAGUGCAACCAAUGCACCAAUAGAUUUGACUUUGGUGCAGAAUGGAGGAGUAUUAAAGGAAAUAAUCACUCCCGGAACAUGUGAUGAAUCUCCAUCAGAAGGUUGUAAAGUUUUCGUUCACUACACAGGAACUUUACUCGAUGGAACUAAAUUUGAUUCUUCUGUUGAUCGCGGAGAAAAAUUCUCUUUCAAUUUGGGCAAAGGUCAAGUUAUUAAAGCUUGGGAUCUCGGUGUUGCUUCCAUGAAAAGAGGAGAGAAAUGUAAACUGACUUGCAAGCCAGAGUUUGCAUACGGAGAGAAAGGAAGCCCACCUACCAUUCCAGCUAAUGCUACUCUUGUAUUUGAAAUUGAGUUAUUUGAUUGGGAGUUUGAAGAUGUUUCUCCCGAUAGUGACAAAAGUAUAACAAGACAAGUUUUGAAAGAAGGAAAAUUGUACGAAACUCCCAACGAUGGAGCUAAUGUAUCAAUUGACAUCAAGGGAUCAUAUGGAGAUACAGUUUUUGAUGAGAGGUCAUUGAAAUUCAAUAUCAAUGAAGAUGAAUGUGAGAAUAUUCCGAAACCUGUUGAAGAUUCCAUAAAGAAAAUGAAAAAAGACGAGACUUCACUGUUUCGAGUAAAUUCGAAGCAUGCUUUCGGAAGCGAGGGACAUGAGGGUUUAGGUGUGCCAAAGGAUACUGAUGUUAAUUAUGAAAUUCAUUUGAAAAACUUUGAGAAAGCGAAGGAAUCGUGGGAAAUGAGUGAUGAAGAGAAAGUGGAACAAGGAGAAAUUAUAAAAGCAAAAGGAACAACUUUUUUCAAGGAAGGACAAUUGAACAAGGCCAUUAUUCAAUACAAGAAAAUAAAAGAUUUGCUGGACUACAGAGAGGAUGCAAAGAAAUCCGAACUUGAUGAGAAAUGGAACUCACUCAAACUUGCCGCUCAUUUAAACUUGGCUCUGUGUUAUAUAAAAGUUAAAAACUUCGAGGAGGCAACAAAAUGCUGCGACACGGCAAUCGAAAUUGACAACAAUAGUGAGAAAGCGUUUUUCAGAAGAGGAGAGUCGGAAUUUGCAAGAGAAAAUUAUGAAAACGCCAAGUCUGACUUCACGCAGGCUAAAAACUUGAAUCCAGCUAACAAGCUGGCGAUUAAACGUAUCCGAGAAGCAAAUGCGCAAAUACAUAAGAUUAAAGAAAAAGAGAAGAAAUUAUUUGGCGGAAUGUUUGAAAAGUUUGCGAGACAGGAUGAGAAACAAGAGUUGCGUAGAAAACAAGCUGUGAAAGAAGCCAAAAAGGCGAAAGCAGACGAAAAGCCGGACACUGAAGCAUCUGGUGAUGCGAAAGAGGAACAAAACGGUAUCGAAGUUGACGAAACUCCGUCCGAAGUAAAAGUUAACGGAGAUUAAAAUUAAAAAUCAACAAUCAUCAUCUCAUGAAAUGAGGAACAGUAAGGAGAAAAGAAGCUCUCGAAAAAUGUAGCUAGAGUUUCGAAAAAGUGAAAAUCGAAUUGUGCAUGAUUCUCGAACAAUUCUGUCAAUGUUUAUAUAGAGCUAAUACAUGGACCAAAUGUAAUUACUGUGUGGCUCUUGUGUGUAAUUCCAAAACAUUUUUACCCUAAUGUAGUUGUGUCUCGUUAUGGAAUGCUACAAUAAAUUGAUGUUUUCUAUUCA